CAAUCUUCGCGCAUCGCCAUAUCUCGGCCGAGCAUGAGCGAGCCAACAACCAACCAUUUCUGAAGCCGGGUUCCACACUCGGUCGCCAACACUUACAACUAUUUAAUGAAUGACCUUGAUGAUAAUGGUCUUCUUUGCUUUUCAACCAGCUUAUGCAUGUGGCCUUGCCGCUUUGCAGAGGUGGUACCGAGCUAAUUCAGAGAUAUCUUCGCUUGGGGAAAGGCUUUCUACCCUUUUUCUUCUUCCUGGAAUCAGCCGAGCAAAGACCAUGACUUGGCUAUUUCAGCUUGUAUUCUACAUGCUUUACUUUGCUUCGUCACGUCGCCUUUGUUCCGCUGGCUGCGGAGUCCCGACAUAUGCCUUUUUUUGAAUCGUCUAUAAACGGGAGGUCAACAUAAAUGUAAUCAUGGCUAUGUGUUUU